GAUCGCAUGCGGGGUACAUAGACCCCAGCCCCAGAGCGAGGGGCAAUUUCAUUGAGAAGCCCAGGGUGGGCACGGCGAGCCCCAAAGAGGGGGAGCGCCACGUUGUAUUCUUGAGAAGCCCUGUGGGGGCACGGCGAGCCCCAAAGAGGGGGAGCGCCACAUUGUAUUACUGAGGAGCCCUAGAGCGGGGCGAUUACUGAGGAGCCCUAGAGCGGGGCCAUAUUGAGGAGCCCGAGACAGGCAUAGCGAGCCCGGCUGCAGGCUAGUGCGGCAACACCCCUCAGACCGAGGCAGGGCACUGCGGUUGUCCCGAGAAGACAGGGAGUAGCAGCGCGGUGAGCCCGUAUCAGAGAGGGUACCCGUGCAGUUGGCCAGAAGGGCCAGGGCCCGCUAGGGAGUCCCUGAGAGGGACCACACCGUCAGGGGAGGCCGAGAGUGGGCUAGACGAGAGUUCCAGUAAGAGGCUGGGUACUAAAGAAGGCCCAUAGUGGGCUAGAUCAUACAGGAGGCCCGAGAAGCGGGCGUGCAGACAUACCAAUGUCUAUUACAUCUGUGAGGCUUGGGGCGUGGUGUCAGGGGAGGUUGGAGCCACGCAUAGCCCAUAAGGCUAGGGUGUCCGGGGAACACCCACCAUAUCGGGAGACCCCCAGGGGGUCCGGAAGAAUCGUGGGGACAGAGGUCCCGAGUAGCCGUGCCCAGGGAGUCAUAGGCAGCCUCCCUAUGACAUUUUCCAACAAGACGUGGCGGGCGAGAAUUGGAGGGUGCCUUGGGCCGGCCUGACACGGAGCGAGGGACCUUGAGGAGAUCACGGCCCUCCAAGAGGACCCCGCUGUGACAUCUGGUGCAUUGGCCGGGAAUCGGCCAUGCACGGGGAAAGAACCCGUGUCCCUGAGAAGGGAGACGAACCUUAGGGCUAGGACAGGACAUACCGAAAGACAAGGCACUGAGAUUGAGGGGCUUGAGAGGCAAGCCCAGAUCAAAGGAGAGACUGCUUGUUGAAAGGUAUAACAAGAAAGACGUGGGGUUAGGUCUAGAGAAAGAAAAAAAAAGGCUUAGCUAUGGCAGGAAUAGUAGCUCUAGAAGACAGGUGGCAAGAAGCCUUCACCUGGCAGUUGCGGGUGGAUGAGGCAGAGGAAAAAGCUGCCCGUCUAGAGCUGGAUUUAGAGAUAAUGAGGGCACAGAAGGAACAAGCCGAGGCAAAGGUGGCCGCCUUAGAGUUGCGGGUACAACCCGGGAAGAAAGAAGGCGGUUCCAAAGAAAUAAGGCGCCUGAUGGCAUCAGGAGCAGAAAAGACUCGAGCAUUAGAACGGCUCGUGGCAGAGGAGGCCAAAAAGAGCAGGCAGCGAGAGGAGCAGCUGCGAGAGAUGCAGGAGGAGUUGGCUGAAUGGAGGAGGAAGUCCCCAGAGCCUGAUAGGAACCAAACAGGAGAACAAAAGGAGGUAAUGCAAAAGCUUGAAAUAUCUAAAAGCCUUAUAGCAACCCUCCAGAAAGAAGUCUAUAGCCAGGUAGAACAGAUAGAAAGCCUGGAGGAGAGCCGGGGGCUCUGGCAAGAGAGGUGCGACCAGGCAGAACGCAUAGCUGAAGAGCUUAGAAAGAAGCUGGCAGAGGAUCAUACACGGGUAGAAGAAACCAGGAAGGUGAUAAUAAGAGAGAUGGAGAGAGUGAAAGAAUAUACGGCCAGUCAGGAGGCUUUAGAAGCACAGAAGUAGUCCCUUGAGGCUGAGAUGAAAGUCAAAACAGAGGAGCAUAUAAAGCUGCAGGCCCAGUGUCAAAGGGGAGAGAAAGAGUUAGAGACCAAGGUGAGAGAGACUGAAGAGUUGCGGGCCCAGUUGGAAAAAGGGGCAGUGGAAAAGGACCUCUGUGAAGAACAGAUUCGGGCCCUUAAAACCCACCUGGAGGACAAAACGGUAGAGCACAUGAAGCUGCAGUCUCAGCUGCAGACCGCAGAGGCGGAAAACCGCUGCCUGGAAGACCAGGUACAGCACCUUAAAGCCCUGCUAGCAGAGAGGUUGGCUAAAGAGGCAGCAACCGACACUGAGAGGGAGCAGCUACGGCAGCAGAUGCAAACCUCGAGAUGGCAGGUACAGGCCUUAGAGGAACAGAUUAAAACGUUCCAGGAACAGAGACAGUCCCUGCUAAUGGAGGUGGGAGCUUGCACCAAGGAGGGUGUAGAAUUGCGAGCUCGAUUGCAAGAAGCAGAAAAGGACCAUGACCAAAAGGGGGAAGAGAUCCAGUCCCUAAAGACUCUGUUAAAAGAAAGCACAGCCAGGGAACUGGCAUUGCAAGAGAGGGUGGUACAACAGCCUGUACAGACCGCUCAGAUACCGUGCGGAAGACUAGCCAUAAUAAGCAGUCAGUUGGAGGGACAGGCCUCCAGGGUCAAGGCAGAAUAUGAGGAGCACCUCCAGGAGCUUAAAAGCCUGAAAGAGGUGUUAGUAGAUGCAGAGAAAAUGCUAAAAGCGGUGCAGCCCAUGCUCCGGAAAGAGGAGAAGAGUCAGGAGCCACCUAGAACGGAAAGUUUACAGAUCCUUAGAGAAGGAAAGGAACUUGAGCAGCAAGAAAGGAAUGCAAAGGGGGAGGUACUCUUAGGGGUGAACCCCAUGAGGUUGAAAGAACAGAUCACCACUGCAGUUAUGGAGGGUCUCAAUCAGAGAUGGAGUCAGUGAGUGGUCCAAUACACUACUGAGAUGAGUGACCUCCGGGAAAAGCUGGGAAAAGUUGCUAGUGGGGGUGAUGCUGCAAGAUUGGCAGCCCUAAAACAAAAGCAACAGAAGAAACUAGACCAGGGGCCGGAGACAGCUCAGAUUCAGGUGUAUAGCAGACAAGGGGCGGCUGCUAUAGGGGAGAAGGCGAUAGAAUCUCCUGGUGAGAGAAGAGUCCAGAGGCCUGAAGAGGACCAGAGAAACCGAAACCCCAAGGAAGCUAAGGGGGGAAGAGAGGUGCAUCCCAAGCUCUACCCUAGAGCGGAGCUACCCAGCUCUGUGAAGCAAAAGGGACCGUGUCAAACCCAGACGGCAGGUCCAACUAAAAAGGUAGAAGGUCCAGCUAUGACUAAAGCAACUCAGUGGGAGACAAGACAAAGGAGAGAAAGACGACCUUAUGUUUAUAUUAAUAAUCUCCCACGGCAAGUCGGGUGGAGGACACUAAGGAAAAUAGUAGAGACCAGUCAGAGGGGUAGCAUGGGUGAAAAUAUAUACAGGGCCCGGUGGAAGACCAACUGGCCAGGGGAAAAGAGAGUUUUGGAGGAUGGAAGAUGCCCGGCAGGAACUUAAGGUGCAGUGGGAGCUUUGGGGAAAGCUCCAGGAUUGGCAGGAAGCCAAGGAAAGGAGGGAGGUAUGGAAUAGAACACGGAAAAGAGAAGAUCUGGGACACAGACGGAGGAAGAGGGGCGAGACACCCCAUGUAGCAGGAAACAGCUCUCCCAGCAACAGAGAAGGGGCUUUGGCUCCACAGGGUAAAGGCGGUGAAAGAGAACAAGAGAGAGGCCUGAGUAACACCCUACCAGGGAGAAGCUAGUGUGGGGGGACUACCUUUGGCAGAGUAACUCCCGGAAAAUCCCACGCAGUGCACCCUGGGGAAAAGGCGAGCAGGGGGCACCUUAAAACCUCCGCCACUUGUGUAGAAAACGCCGGGUGCAGGAAGAGAGGCCGAGAAGAGCCGCCGAGUCAAACUGAAUGUAACAAGAAUGAAGAUCUUCCUCGGUGAGUUCGAUCUUAAGGGGGGAGGUGUGUCGCAGGGCACCCCAGUGCCUGCUCCUAGAGAGGAGAAACUGCCAGGGAGAGAGCCCUGGCAGAGCCAAUUGAGCACAGCUGCAGGUUGCCGGAGCAACUAAGUGGAGCCAGCUGCCUGUAGGGGACAGGGCCUGGCCCUUAU